UAGUCAUUCUAGGAAAACAAAAUUCCUUGACCACUUCGUUAGGGCUCUAUUUCAGAAUUGAAAAUCGUUUCUUCGGACCUUCGCAGUAUAAUUCAACAGGCUUUCUAUCCUGUCAACCUCGAAUUUGAACAUGUAUGUUCUUUGGCCAAAAGCAUGAUGGAGAGGAAGCAGAAAUCUCUGCUUUCCUUGGGCUUCACCAAGAACAUAUAUCAUCAUGGCAAAUGGAUAGCAAUAGAGCCAAAAGACCCAGCCACAUUGAAGACAAAUUUCUGCGUUGACUGUGACAAUGUAUUUCAGACAAAGGCAGCCUUGUAAAUGCACAGGCAUUGUGCACAUGAUGAAGAUCUUGGGGAGACAUCGACAUCCCUGGAAGCCCCUUCAACACAUCAUCGUUUAUCGUUCUUCGAAUUAGCACAUUACAUUAGUUUAUCUCUGGGUGUGAGUGAACUAUUUACUUUACCUUGGAAGGAUGUUUAAAAAAUUUAUUAUCUAUGAAAUUUGAGAAACAUGUAAGAAACUUUUGAUAGCAAAAUGGUCAGAAAUUUAGAAAACUGCCUACCAGCACCAUACCUUAGUUUCUUAUAAAAAUACGCGUAGCUUACUCUGUUCUUAAGGCAACCUCCCGGAUUUUCAUCCACUUUGUUAUUAUUAAAAAAUUCAUUUGAAUAAAAAAUUUAUAAGUAAGUGCGCCUCCACGACAAAAAGGCGCAGCGUCUUUUCAGAGUGUUUUAUAGAUGCCUGGCAACAAAUGAAAAAGAAACAUAGCAACAAAAAGCUGGUGCAGCACUUUCAAACGUUAACAAGAAUCAAGAAGUAGAUUUUGUGUAAAGAAGCAGUUUCCUGCCUGUCAAGAACAGGUCACUUGUAAUACAGGCAUUAGCAAGCAAAGUUCAUGAAAAUAUUUCCUUUUGGAUUCCUACGAACGCCAACUCGUACAUCAACAAUUAUGCCCGCAACUGGAAAGCAAAAAACUGGUUUCAUUCUUGUAAUUGUUGUUGUUGUUGUUAGUGUUGUUUUGAUCCGUUCCGUGUAUUCAGACCUUGAAUAUUACGAGAUGGGAUUUGUGAAGGACCUGUUCACAGGAAAAGUUGACAGAAGCAAGGUAUAUUUGGGUGGCCGCCAUAACAUUGGAAUCAGCAAACUCUUUAAGAAGUUUCCAAAGAACAUACAGAUCUUGGACUUCAACCUGAGUGUUUUUAAUGCAGAAAAACUGGAGGUAUUUAUUUCUGGUGUCAUUCUGUAUGAGCUGAACAAGGACGAGCUGAAACACCUUCACGAUGCCUAUGAUCUUGGCUACAAACCUAUUGUUGAUAAGAUAGCCUUAGAAGCGGUGAUAAACGCUGCCCCAGUGUUUACAGUUCAAGAGUACCGUCUACAAAGAAGCAAAGUAGAGGCAGAGUUAUACGGAUCUGUCAAAAGGACACUACAAGGAACGUGCUGCCCGAAGUACAACGGAACGUUCGCUGCUGUCCCUGGAUGCAAAAAGUACGAAACAUGCACUGUGGCAGACAAGGGAUUGUUCUGCAUAGUCAAGAACUUCCAGCUCGAAGUUGUAAAAAUAACAAAAGACCAAGAAGACCGUUACCUGAAAAACGUGCUGGAACAAGAGAAGUUGCAAACAGAGCAGUAUGAUCAACAAGAAAAGAUGGAGAGAAAGGUGACAGAGCAGUUGAAGACAAAAAUCUCAAACGAGGCCAACGAAGUAGCACAAAAAGCCAGCGCACAGUCUGCCUACAUCAAAGCCGCUGCACAGGCAUCUGCCAAAGCGACCAAUGAAAACGCGCGGAAUUCUGGUCUACAGCUGAUUUACACAACGCUGAACAUCACCAGCGAGACAAACAAAAAGUCACUUGAUUAUUUGAGAACAUUGCUCAAUCACAAAACAGGGAUGUUUUAUGUUGGAUUUUCAACUCUUAUUGGAAGGGAAGGAAAUACGUAGGGUAUCACAUGACAACGGAGCCAGUCAUGUUUGCAGCUGGCCAGAGUUAAAAACUGGCGUUUGUUCGUUGGCGUUUGCUUCAUUCCAGCUUCAGAAAACUUCCAUCCCUAGCCGAUUUAAAUUGUAUAUCGUUGUGCAUGAAAUGAUUUUACGGAAAAUGCGGGAAUUUUACACUUGUAAAACGUGUUCGCAUCUGAGACAGUGUAAAGUCUGUCCUCCUACUGCUCUCUUAAAAGAUAGUUGGGCAUUGGCUCCUAGAUAUCUAAUAAAGUAUUAAUCAACCAUGUAUAUUAUAUUCUGAAGUUUAAUUUAUGCUGAUAGUUAUUUUGUUAAGCACCUAUGAUCAAUUUUAUGUUUUUGCCAGAUUAUCACGUGUAAAGUAUACUUUGAAAUGUAAUUUUAUGUCAAUAUUUAUGUUGUUAAGCGCCCAUGAGCCUUGGGAAUAGAUGGUGCUGUAAAAAUGCCCAUAUUAUUUAUUAUCAUAAUUCCAUACAGUUAAGCCUGUUAGAUACGCGAUCUCUGAUAAGAAUUCAUACUCCUGAUACUUCCAAAUAAUUACUUUGAUAAUUGACAUUUCCAGCUACAAACAUUUUUCCUUAGAAUUCUUCCCAUUAUUGAAACCCAUGUAGCUAGCUUCUUAUUUAGAGCAAGGCAACCAGCAGAACGUUUCAUAUGAAACUUGCCAAGUGCUAUUUUUCAACUCUGGUAACCCAUUGGCAGGCGGGCUCAGUCAGUUGGUCCAAUGUAUAUCAGGUGUGUUCCUGAAAGUAGAAAUUGGACCCUACCUUUGAUUAUGGGUUGCGUAACAUGUACCCUUUUCUCUGACUUUGCCAACAUUUCUAUCCCUUUUCACUGGGAAUACUCAAGCUUGAGCAGGUAUUUUUGAAACCAAUUUAUGCACGAACCAUUCUUUUUUUUAAAAUUAUGUCGGAAAGCAUAUCAAAGAACAGAAUUCACUAAUUUUGAUUUUAACAACAAUCCCUACUGCUCCUGAUGUAUUUGAAUAAAACCAGACAGCUUUAAAACUAUAACUGCAACAAAUUUCUUACUUCACAACAUCGUGUUCGAUGUUUUUAUAAAGAAAUGGAAAGUUGUGUCAAAUUGACUUAAAUUUCUUAUCUAGGACUAUAACAAUGGAGAAGACCAGAUGCUACUGCAAAAUUGUUUGUACUUCAAUAGCCAUUGAUCUACCUUAAAAAUUAUCUGCACCAUCAUAUCUGUAAAUUCUUAGCCUCUUUGUAGUUCCUCUAACUGAGUAAAAAAAGCAACCCUGUUUUCAAGAUUCUAUGUCCCAGAAUUCUAGCUUCCAGACCACCGUUUGUCAGAGUUUUUCGAAACUCAAUAGACGUUUGACCAACUGACUGAGCCCGCCGAGCCCAUUGGCCAGUAAAUAAAUACAAUGAAGGGAUGUAGUGUAUGUGUACGCAACUAACGUUUCAAUACGAAAUAGGAAUAGGCAACCAUUGGGUAUGAGAUAUUUUCAAGCGACGUAAAAAGAACACAAAUCAAUGGAAAGGAAUUGCAUUGUUUCGCGAACUCGUAAUUUCAUCUGAGCAGAUUUCCCAAAACGUCGCAACAAUCUUUCGUGUCUUUAAUGAGCAAAAACUUUUGUUUUUUCAAUGUUCCGAAUGCUUUUGUCAUGCUAUGUUGAUUUGAAAAAAGAGA